GGCCUUUUGUCCGCGCGCGGCCGCCGUCGCGCGGGCCCGCACAGGCGCGUUGCUAUGGAGGCGGCGGCCUAGUCCGUGCGGUGUAGCCUUCGCCGCCGUCAUGGAGGACGAGCUCUACCUGGACAACAUCGACGAGUUCGUCACGGACCAGAACCGCGUCGUGACCUACAAAUGGCUGAGUUACACGCUGGGGGUUCAUGUCAACCAGGCUAAACAGAUGCUGUAUGACUACGUAGAAAGGAAGAGAAAGGAGAGUUCAGGAGCUCAGCUACAUGUCACCUAUUUAGUGGCAGGAAAUCUCGUUCAGAAUGGAUAUAUUUGCCACAAGGUAGCAGUAGUGAGAGAAGAUAAGCUGGAAGCAAUGAAGUCUAAGCUAGCCACAAUCGCCAGUGUGCAUGUCUACAGCAUUCAGAAAGCUUUGCUGAAGGACAGUGGGCCUCUCUACAACACUGACUAUGAUAUUAUCAAGACAAACCUGCAGAACUGCAGCAAGUUUAGUGCUAUUCAUUGUGCUGCUGCAGUCCCCAGGACGCUGGCUGAAGUUUCUCAAGCUCACACAUCUGCACAGAUUGAUUCCCAGACUCCAAAUGACUUGCAGGUAGCCAGCAUGCCUGUCACCAAUGGUCAUGUACCUUCCACUGCUAAACAGGCUUCCCAGCAGCCCAAAGGGAUCAUGGGAAUGUUUGCUGCAAAAUCAUCUUCCAAAUCUCAGGAUACACGUAAAGAAACUAAGCCAGAAUCUAAAGAGACAACAGGUGUGUCUACAGCAAGCAGCAAACCACCAGCAAAAGGAAAUACAAUGAGCAACUUUUUUGGAAAAGCUGCCAUGAAUAAACUCAAAGCCAGCUCUGAGUCUGAACAGGCAAAAGAAGAAAGAGAAGUAACCAAGCCUUCAGUUCCUGCAGCAGAACCAAAAUUGCCACCCACUACAACAGUGGAGAAACCUGGGAAGAAAACAGAGCCUGUUAAAAUUCAGAAAAAGGACAGAAAAAGCAGAGCAAAGAGGGUAGAUCUGUCAGAUAACGAGGAAGAGAAAGAGGCUGAAAAUCUGAAGAAAAAGAGGCGGCGAAUCAAGCAACCUCAGUCCGACAGUAGCGACAAUGAAGCAGAUGGCCCAGCGUCUUCCAUAUCUCAAGAGGAUAGAGCUCCCACCCCUUCUCCUGAGCCCCCACCAAAGGCUGGGCUGGAACCUGCAUCCACGGAGGUAAAGGCUUCAACAGGAGGCAAGAAACGGAAGCGGAGGCGUGUGCUGAAAUCCAAAACAUCUGUGGAUGAUGAAGGCUGCAUGGUGACCGAAAAGGUUUAUGAGAGCGAAUCCUGUACUGACAGCGAGGAGGAAUUCACAAAAGCGAAGCCAGCAGCUCUGCACAGGCAGUCUACGGCGCCUGUGAAGAAGGAUCCCAAGGAGGACCGGAGGGGCCCAAAGAAAGGAGCAGCCACUGCCAGCAAAGCCAAUAAACAAGUCUCCAUCAUGGGCUUCUUCCAGAAGAAAUGAGGUGAACCUCUCCCCUCAAUCCCUGGGCAGCUGGGAGAUGUCACGUCCUCAUUGGAGCAGAGCAGCCAACAGGCUUUCCUGAUGUGAAGUAUCUUGCUUACCAUGUAAGUGAGCUUGUCAGACCGGAAAAAUGUAUCCGUUGUGCUUGUUUUCAGCCAUCUCUAUGACCCGGUAUAGAAAGCCACAGCUAAAAGCAAACUGGAGACAAAUGCUUGGCCAGUGCUUCACUUGUUUACAUUCUGACAUUUUUAUUUUAUUUUAAGCCUGGCCUUUGAUGUGCUCGGUGCCAAAGCCCAUUUCCCGAGUGGUAGAUGGACUAAGUAAGCAGUCGUUUUAUGACAUCGCUUUGACUUUUUUCUCUCCCCUCCUCCCCAUUGGUCUAAACCUUCAUUGCAGUUAAAAGCUGUGAUGUGCAAGCACCCAAGGACCUGUUACGAAUACCGAACAUCUGCUUCAGCUUUCCCUGGAUGUAAUGGACUUGAUUUCCCCCCCAAGACUGGUAAAUAGUUUUCUAUUUCUGUUCCUUCUAAUCUUACAUUGGACAUCAUACUGCAUAUAAAAUUCUCCUAAUCUUUUCUUCCUUGAGUACGUCCUCUGUAAAGUGCUUGGAUUUCUAAUUAUAGACCAUGACGUUACUUGUGCUCUGUCACUCUUUGCAAAAACAUCAUUAAGGCUUCCCACACAGUUGGAUGCAGCGUAACUGGGGGUUGGCCAUGGCUGGAAAGGACCUGGAUGUUCUGCAAGUGGGUGCCUCAUGACUCAGUGGGGAUUGUGUUUGGGGAUUGUCCUUAUCACAGUGUCAAUGUACCUGCUGGCAGCAUGGGUGAAAUAGGCAACUCCUUCCUCAUUGGCUUCUAUUUGUUUCCAGUACUGUGGGCACAUACCAUGCACAGUUUAGGGUUGGUUUUUUUCUUUAAGUCCAGUAGUCUGUCCGAAUGCCUCAUAACAAAAUAUUGGCCCUAAGGAACUCAUAACUGAUAUUGUGCUAAGUAUUGAAGUCUAGAUUAUCCAAAGCAACUAACGAAUUCAAGCACCUUUUUAAUUUUUGGGUGCCCAGCUGGGAAAAUAGGGCCCUCUGAGGUGCAUCAGAAUGAGCACCAGGCAUGCCCUGAAAACCUGCCCUCAGUUCAGUGUCUCAAAUGGAGCCAGUUUCCAUAAAGGUAAGUAAAAGAGUGAAGGCGUGAACCAAGAAAUGUGUUCAGUGCUCAGGCUGAAGGUGUUUUAGAUGCAUUAGUAAAGAAGCUAUAAUUAAUCCAGGCAUUGCUAUAAGACCAUUUCUGUUGGUAGAUCAAGAUGCUGAACAAUGGAAAUUUAACGCGCCUCCCAACAAACUCCCCCAAAUCACCAGCUCCUUUACCUAAAUGAAAGCAAAUGCUCUCAGCAGCUGCUUCUGCUGCAGAGUGAAUGGUUUUACUACAAUUAGCAGUCUAUAAAUUGAGGUUAAGUGAUCUGGAUUAAAACAGAGAGCUCCAUUUAAUUGCUUUAAACACUCCCCCUUCCCCAACCCAGCUUUCCCCCACAGGGGACUGUAAGAAAGCUAGCAAUUGGGGGGGGGGGAGGGGGGGGGGGUGAAGUGUGGCACCAUAUCCAUAGACAUCAGAAAUGGAGCCUGAUGCCACAAACUGGAUGCAGUUUGACAUUCUUGGGAUGUGUCUUAAUGGUGAUGGGGCAGCCUUUAGAAGAGAAUGGGAAGCCUUGUAUUAAAUUUUUGUAUCUUUUGCAGAAAAAUAAGCACUUCAAUGUUUCUAUUUUUCUUGUUACCUUUGGAAGUAUAUUCUGAAGAGUACCAUUAAACAAUAAAAUCCUGUAAAUGUU